AUGUCUAAAAGCUCUAAAGUUCCGUUUCCUCUGACUCUGAGAUUCAAGCCCAUGUUACAGAGAGGAAUUGAGCUGAUCUCUCUGGACGCUUCCUGGGUCAGUUCAGCGUCAUGGUAUUUUCUUAAUGUGUUUGGGCUCAGAAGCAUGUACACACUCAUCCUCGGACAAGACAAUGCUGCGGAUCAGUCGAGAAUUAUGCAGGAUCAAAUGACAGGGGCGGCGAUGGCGAUGCCCCCUGAUCCUAAUAAAGCAUUUAAGAGCGAGUGGGAAGCCUUGGAGAUUGUGGAGCACAAAUGGGCCCUGGAGAACGUAGAGGAGGAACUCGUGCGUCAGGAUCUGAACUUCAGAGGACUCUUUAGCUAAGAACUACAGUACAAAACAACCCUGUUCUGA